AUGCGGGCGCGCGGGUCUGACGGUUGGAAGCCGCGAAGGGCGCCGCCGAUUGGUCGGUGGGCGCGGUAGGGCGGGGAGGCCGGGCGGGGCUUGAGCGGCGAUUGGCUGCCUUCGGCCGAGGCGGGAAAAACAGACCUUGUUGGCAUUGCCGGCGGUGUCUUGGGUCUCGCGCGGGGCUCUCUCUCCCCCUCUCUGAUUGGUGCGCGGCUCUGGUGUCGUCACUUCCUCUGGAGCGUGAGGAGAAUGUGUGGUAGGGGGCGUGAGGGAACUUGAAAGUCUGUGGUGAGUGAGGCGUUUCUUCCCCCGUUUCCCUACCCAUUUUUCUAACCAAUGUCUCUUUUUUCCUCAUUGUAAUCUUCCUUCGUGUCCCCUCCCACUGGCCCCUUAAUGCUACGCCCGAAACACCCACCCCCGAAAAAUAUUAUUAAAUUUCUGUGCCGCCCUUAAUCUGGGGUUCACAGGGCGGUUUACACUAUAAAAACCUCGACAUACAUACCGUAGUAACAGACAAAAAACAGUUUAAAAAUCCAUAGAUUGUUUAAUCCAGAGUUUCCUAAACUUGGGUCUCUUCCUUUUUGGUACUACAAUUCCCAUCAUCCCUCACCACUGGUCCUUCUAGCUAGGGAUGAUGGGAAUUGUAGUCCAAAAACAGCUGGAGACCUAAGAUUGGGAAACCCUGGUUUAAUCAGCCAAAUGCCUGAGAGAAGAGGAAUAUUUUCUCCUAAAUAUAUACAUAAUGAAGGUGUCAGGUGAGCCUCCCUGGGGAGAGCAUUUCCCAAAUAGGGAUCCACCACAGCAAAGACCCCGUUCUUGUGGUGCCACCCUACGGACCUCAGGUGGAGGAGGCACGCAAAGAAGGGCCUCAGGAUGAUUUCAGGCUCCAGGUCAGUUCAUAUGGAGAGAGGUGAUCCUUGAGGUAUUGUGGUCCUGAGCCGUUUAAGGCUUUAGAGAUCAAAACCAGUGCCUGUGGUUGGACUGCUACUGCCAUUGUUACUACCAUUAAUUCAGUUUAUAUACCACCCUUUAUCAAAAGACCUCAGGGUAGUAUACAACGUUAAAAAAAAUAUUACAGAACAUCAAUGAUAAAAACAUAAAAAGCAUACUGACAGAUAAUAAAAUAGUCAUCGUAAUAACAGUCCUCUCCCCUACACUUUCACAGGCCAUAGAUUAUUUAAUAGCCAUAGGCAUGGGUAAAGAGGAAUGCUUUUGCCUCGCGCCUAAAGACAUGUAAUGAAGGCGCCAGGCCAGGCAAGCCUCGCUGUGGAGAGCAUUCUACAGUCGGGGAGCCACCACUCUUGUUGCCACCCUCGUCACUAGGCAGCUCCCAAAUCCCCGCUUUACCAUUUUAUUCUAUUUAUUUCUUUUUAAAUGUUUUUAUUUCAUUUUGCAACAUGCAGCAAAGGAGGACUGUUGCAAACAUCUUGAAUGCCUUUGCGUUAUUCACCCAUAAGAGCUUUCAGGAUACAGUGGUACACGUCUUGGAUUACAAACACGUCAAGCCCGGAAGGUGUGUUUGCAACCUUUUUUUGGAUUACAUACAAUCCUUUUUUUUUUUUUUAUUACGAACAAAAAUUUUUAGAAGCCCCAUUGGCAAAAGCAUGCCGUGGGUUGCAACCUGUUUUGGUUUACAAACGGACCUCUGGAACGGAUUGUGGUUGUAAACCAAGGUACCACUGUCUUGUGAAUGAAAAGGAAAAUACAUUAUCACACCACACAAAUGGCAUACAAAGAAAGAGUAUAUACUCUACUCAAGGAGAACUCUCCAAUAGUCCACCAUGACUGGGAAUGGCAGGAGUCCUUGUUUGCUCUUCCUGUCUCAAGUGAGAUACAAAUGGUCACUGUACCAUGUAAAAAAAGAAAAGGGGCUUUGCCCUUCCUUUAGCCACAUGGUUUCAUUUUGUUUCUUUAACGUAUUUGUAUUCUGUCAUUCUCCCAUGAUGGCAUUCAUUAUUAUUAUUUUUCAAAAUGUGUAAAAUGUAAAAUAACAAAACCAGUAGCAAAAUACAGUAAGCCUUCAAUAUAUGUGAGGUUACAUUCCAGGCAUCAUGGCCAUUGGGAUUUUUUCACCCCUUAAAAAAAAAUUUUUUAAUUGCCAAGCAGGCAAAGCAGAAUGUACACAAGCUAAAUGCGCGUAAGUUGUGAGCUUACUGUACAUCAAAACAAUUUUACAACCACUGGUUCUUGCUUGCUAUUUAAAAGGGCAAAGAUUAAGUUGUACUAGUUAAAAACGUAUAAAGCACAGAGCUUCCCUCCUUCUUUAAUGUGUUAUCCUCCAGGCACCCUUUUCCAGAUUGACUCCUCUGGCCAAGGAAAUCCUGAUGUGCACAUUCUGCUAUGGAUCCCUUGGCUCAUUGCAAAGGACUCUGCGACAUGUUUUAAGGCAGGCAUCUGGCUUAAAACCUCAUGGGUUUUAUACACUAGGAAAUUUGCAGUAUAACUACAAUCGGCACCUGCAUUACCACAGACGAAGGAUUCCAAUAGCUUAAGGCAGACUCUCCAAGUGUCUAUUUUCCAGGGACAGAAACCGUCCCAGUCUCUGAUUUGAUCCCAGAAUGUCCCUCUGUUCCUUAGAAUGUUCCUACUUUUCAUCAGGGAAGUGGAGGGUAUGGUAGGACAUCUCUAUUUUUGUCAGAGAAAUGUUGGAGGGUAUGCUAAAGUGCUGCUGUGAAAUAACUGGAAAUUUGAAACCAUUGUACCUCAGCUGAAAAUCAUGUAGCAAUCCACCAGUGCAUCCAAAUCUAUAUUCCCUCUGCCUGUGUUUUAAGGUAUAGCUGUUGGACCUCACUACAUGCUCAUUAAAGCAUACACAACACCAUCUUGUGGUUGUACACACAGUGGAAGUGUACAAGCUUUCUUUCAGGGAACCUCUGACAAACUAUGGUUUGUUGCAAUGUAUUGCAAACAAUCAACAUAUUAUUGUAUUUUUAUUUUGAAAUGGAUUUUGUAGCUUGGGGCCAGAAUGUUUGUUUAGUAUGAAUGCUUUUUAUUCCACACUGACUUGAUGGUUGUGGUGGGUCCCAAAGCUUAUUUUUAUAUUUAUAUCGCACCUUUCCUCCAAGGAGCUCAGAAUGACUGGCAUACAUCAUCUUUUCCUCUUUCCCAUAAGUUGAGGAAUAGCAACUCGUCAAAAAAAUACCCAGAGAGCUUCAUGGCUGAAUAAUAAUAAUAAUAAUAAUAAUAAUAAUAUAUUAUUUAUACCCUGCCCAUCUGGCUGGGCUUCCGCAGCCAGUCUGGGCGGCUUCCAACCAAAUAUUAAAAUACAGUAAUACAUCAGACAUUAAUAGCUUCCCUAAACUGGGAAUAAUGAUUUGAAUCAAGGUCUCUGUGUUCCAAGUUGUGCGCUAUUCUGUCCACUCCACCAUACUGUCUCUUUAAAACCCACAGUACUGAGCAGUUUAUAAUAAUGUAGAAGUCAUGUCAGGAAAAAAGAAGAGAGUAAUUUCUUGCCUAACAUUUUGCUUCUCUGCUGUUCUUGUGUGCACUUUCCUCAUAACAUCUCCCAAGCCACAUAUUUCUUACAAGUCACCCUGCCAGUUUAUUGAGUGUUAAUUAAUCCAAAAUUACUCAAACACAGCUGGUUGUGCAGUCACAUGCAAUAAGGUGCAUUAGCACCCUGAGGUAAAUUAGGCAGAAAUAUGAUUGCUCCAGAAGUACUAGAUUUAAGUUGCUGCACCUGCAAGCUACAUCUUAGCAGAUGCUUGCACCCAGGACUCUCAUUAGCUUUAUUCUUGUAACAUUAAAAUUAAGUUUAAUUUUGCUCUUGACCCGAGCUGAAGUGGUAUUGGUCCUUUGGUAAUCUUUGCUGCUGUACAGUCCAGGGUUAAAGUGUUUGAGUUGCAACCCUCAUUUUUAUUGUACUGUAUUGAUAGGUUGCCUUUCAUAACAAACCAGGUGCUAGAAUGCUAGUAUCAUCCCCAGGACCCCAGUUGUAAGCAAAAUGGGUGAAGGUGAUUGUUCAUAUUAAAAUAGGGUUAGACAAAAAAGAAAAAGCUUCCAGCCAGCCUACCCAGACAAAUAAUUUAGCCAUAUAUAUCAUUUAGCCAUAUAUAUUAGUUCAGUCUAUCUGCGAAUCAUUGAUAAUUGUUUUAUAUAAUUGUGUAUACUUAGAUGGUUUUUUAUUAUUAAGCAGCCCAUACAUUUUUCUAAAUGAAUGAAUACAUAUAUGGAGAAUAAGGCUACUAGCCAUGAUAGCAGCACUGUACAGUGGUGCCCCGCAAGACGAAUGCCUCGCAAGACGGAAAAACCGCUAGACGAAAGGGUUUUCCGUUUUGAAGUUGCUUCGCAGGACGAAUUCCCCUAUGGGCUUGCUUCGCAAGACGAAAAUAUCUUGCGAGUCUUGAGAUUUUUUUCGCUUUUCCCCCCCUUUAUCUAAUCUGCUAAGCCUUUAAUAGCCUUUAAUAGCCUUUUAGCAGCUAAUCCCCUAAGCCUUUAAGCCUUUAAUAGCCGCUAAACCGCUAAUAGCGCUAAUAGCGCUAAUCCGUCAAUGGGCUUGCUUCGCAAGACGAAAAAACCGCUAGACGAAGACUCUCGUGGAACGGAUUAAUUUCGUCUUGCGAGGCACCACUGUACAUCUUUGAAGACCAGUUUAUAAGGAACACAAGUGGGAAGAACGUUGCGCUCGUGUCCUGCCUUUGGACUUACCAUAGGCACCUGGUUCGCCACUGUGAGAAGAGGAUUCUGGGCUUGAUGGAAAUUUGGCCUGGUAAGAACAUAAAAAGAACCUCCUGAAUCAGGCUAAAGGCCCAUGUAGUGCAGUAUCCAGAUCUCACAGUGACCAACCAGAUUUCUGAACGCAACAGCACUCUUCACCUCUGCCGUUUCCAGCAACUGGUACUCAGAAACUUAUAGUCUCUGACAGUGAAGGGAGAAUUAAGUAAGUCUGCUUCAAUACUAGAGGGCUGAAAUCCGCCUAGUGCUCCAGCAGCUGAAAAUCUCCUACUUCACUGAGAUUUGUAAGGGGAACAUGUAAAUGCAGAAACCAACAAGACAAAACCAAGGAAGAUUCUAGUGCCAUUUUAAGAACUAACACUUUUAGUAUAGGGUUGAAUCUCUGAUCCUAAACCUCCUCUGCCUUGUGUGAUAUCUUCAGAAGAAAAGGCUAAGAAGUAAACCCUACACAAAUCCAGAAUGGAGUUCCUAAGAUGGAUGACAUCUUGUACACCUCCUUCCAGCAACUUCUGUAGCCAAGCUGUUGCCAGACAUAUUGCUCUGCUUUCCUUUGGACCAUAUCAGCAAGGCCAAGAGGGGAUCUUGUCAUCUGGGCAGCCUAGGACCUCCAUAUACACUGGCCAGCCUUGUGCCCAGAGAGGUCACUUCAGUGCUGCUAGCACAGUGGUUUGACUUCACCCCCAGUGGCACAUUCCAUUGUCCAUUGAUACAGAUCUGUGCCAACAAUGUUUUGUGUUCAGAACCCACUUCCACCACGAUGCAUGAAUUAGCCACUUAAGUCUUUUUUUAUAAAUAAAAAACCAGGAAAAAGGAAAAGAAGGCAGAGAAUACAAAAUAUGUAGAAGCAAGAGUGGGGAAGAGAGAUGAGAUUAACAAAAUAGAGUGGGGAAAUUUUCCUGGUAAAUGUAAAUGUGCAGCACGAUUGCUGAAAAUUUAGGUUACCCUGAAGAGCAAUGAAAGUAGUCAGAAAGUAGAUAUUAAGGCUAACUGUUAUAUCUUCCCUAGGUUAUUGCUGUACAGAGGCCCUUUCUAACCAAAACUACUUUUCUUUUGCAUUUCUACACUGCAGGUGCUGAUCUUGCAUUGUGCUCCAGCAAAUGAGUCACUAAGGCAUUAGCCAGUCCUGUAGAUGAGUAAAUACAUGUGCCAGUUUGUUUUGCCUUCUGCUUUGAAACCCAAGAGCAUAUCUUGCUGAAAUGUUUUGGUUAGUGCUUUCCCAACUUCAGACCCCUGCUCUCCCCAAUUCCAUAAUUUAAAAUUGGAACCUUUACUCUUGUAUCUGAAAAACUUCCCCAUUUUUAAAGAAUCCCAAUAAUAAUACCUACCCUCAGAGAAGUAUGCUUUCUGUAUUCACCUCCUCACUGGAAGGAAGCAAGUUCUGAACAAUGAGUUAUGCAGAGAUGCAAUGGAUAAGGUUAUUGGUGAAUGAGCUGCCACAAUUCACUAGAGAGUUUCGAUAGGGAGCUCUAGUGUAGCCAGUCCCAUCCAUGUUUGCUGUCAAUGUUGAUCAGCCGGCCAUUGAUGUCAGCAAGCUCUAGUUUGCAAAGGAACAAUAUAGAGCUAACUUUGAUUACCCCUUUGUACCCAUGUCCUUACCUGCUUCGCGUCUCACAUCACAUCUUAUGUCAGGUGAGGGGCCAAAUUUGAACCAGUGCUGGACCUAAUUAGGCCUAUGAGCUGGAAGUUGCCAACCUCUGGCUUUGGCAGUGGAGCUAAUUACCUGUUGCACUCCAUGGGCCACACUGUAGGAUGAUCUGUAUAUGUAACUACAAAUCUACACCCUGAAUUACUACAUAUCAGGGACUCUUAACAGUCCAAGUAGUUUUUAUUUUUUAUUUCUUACUAACCUUCCACCAUGAGAUCCCAGGAUUACGGCAAUAAAAAAUACAAUAUUAAACUCAAUUUGAAAUAAAUUAUGUUCAAGAGAACAUGGUCCUAAUAUAUGUACAAAUGUGUGUGUGUGUGUGUGUAUCAAGUGUCAAAGGCCAGGGUAAAGUGCAAACAAUAAAGCUUUCUGUCAAUUAAAAUAACAGAGAGUCAGAAUUGGUGGCUGCUAUACUACAAAUCGCAUUGAGUGAUGCAUGUCUAGGUUAAGAAACAUUCACUGUAGGAAUGUGAGCAGACUUGGUAUGACUAACAAUAAACUAUGUUGUCUCUUGGUAGCUAA